UUGCAGCACAGAUCACUUCCCAAAACAAGAUUCCUAAAGAGCUGAAGCCAGACAAAUAGCUGGCCAGCUGCGAUAUUUACUAUGUAGCAGCUAGCCAACGAGCAAGCUAACGUUGGUUCAACCAGCAAGAUGAACGCAUUUUGCUGCCUGACAACCAUUCAGUUGCAUGGCACUAUGUACAGUAAGGCUAGCUAACAUAUUUCAUUUGGUUUGUGUCCUUAGGUUGACAAGCUAACUAGCUACCUAAAUGGCUAGCUAGGCGUCAUCAGUAUUUAGAUCUGGUGGUACUGGUAGCUAGUCCGUAUUGGUCGAGUGUGCUUUUGAAAACGAGCGAUGGAAGGAGUUCUCUACAAAUGGACGAACUACAUGACAGGGUGGCAGCCUCGCUGGUUCGUCCUGGACGAUGGGAUCCUCUCCUACUACGACUCACAGGAGGAUGUGUGCAAAGGCAGCAAGGGCAGCAUCAAGAUGUCUGUCUGUGAGAUCAAAGUCCACCCCUCAGACAGUAGUCGCGUGGAGCUGAUCAUCCCAGGAGAGCAGCACUUCUACGUGAAGGCAGUGAACGCUGCAGAGAGACAGAGGUGGCUGGUGGCACUGGGCAGCUCCAAGGCUGGAUUACUGUACACAGGCAGCACCAUGGAGAGAGAGCUGACAGAAAGGACAGACAGUCUGAGGACUAAGAUGUCGGAGCUGCGCCUCUACUGUGACCUCCUGGUGCAGCAGGUGCACACGCUCCAGCACUCGGCCACACCCAUCCGCGACCCUCUCUCUCCCUCUCUCCAGACCAGACAGGAGGCAUCGUCUCUGCUGAGGGCUACCUGCAGCACCUUUCUAAGGACCCUGGAGGAGUGUAUGACCCUCGCCAACACCACCUCACCCCCCCCGCCAGACUCCCUCUCCCCUGUCUCGCCCUCCCCCCUGCUGAUGGCCCCCCGGAUGAAGCGGUCCAUCAGUCACCCAGGAACAUACAGCUCUGACCGGUCUGGCCAGCGCAGGACCAGAACCUGCUCCGACACCGAGGCUGCCUGUCCCCACCCUGCUGGACACACUGACCGAGCGUUGCCGGGGGCGUUGCCGUGCCUGAAACCCAGUGUGAAUGGAGACUCCGCCCCCUGCAUCCCGGAGGAGAGUAGGGGAGGGGCCAGUCCCAGAGCCACGCCCGACACAGAUGCCCACGAGACGGACGUGUCCAUCUAGAAGUGACCGCCCUGCCGACGCGCCUGUUCUGUCCCUCACACCACUGAGCCUGCUACCAUUAUGACAGACGCUGUACCAACAGACGGGUGUUACGUGCUUUUCUGUCCCCUGCCAGCCCUUGCCGGUCACGUUGACAACAGUUCCCUCCGUGUCGGCGUCACAGGGAUGUCUGUCCCCUCUGAUAGUGUGUCACAGUCAUUGGGGUCCCCCUCUGAAGUAUUGUAGGAGUUCCUGUGGAAGCGUGUCCCUGCACUUUAAGAACAUGGAUGGACACUGUCGUCCUUUCUGAAUGUUUUUAGAAUCAGUAGAAGAUGUGGGAUGCAGGUCACUGAGACCAGAAUUCUGUGCCAAGGACCCUGAUGGAAAUGUCAAAGCCUUGGCAUGACAUGCAUACACACACUUUACUCACACACACACACACACUGUAUUACUGAGUCCCAGACACACGCGUGUGUAUUUUGUUGCUUUAGUGCAGGUCUCUCCUGCCCAACUAUGAAGGAGAUGUCUAAAUGAACAUCCUCAGCUUAAUGUUUUAAAUAAAAACUUGUCUGUCAA